AUGUGUUACGAUCUCAAAACAUACCGCUGCGGCCACUUCGAACGCACAUUCACCAACUGCAAAUGCACACUUCAUUGUUCUGGAGAACAACGUCAACCGAGAAACUGCAACCAGUGGUUCUGUAACAAGAAGCCAUAUUACAGCGAUGGAGCCUGCGACCGUGAUCACAUCACCAACAUCGGAAUCGGUCAUUACUUCAAUCCUGAAACUGGACGUCGCGGUCGUUAUCGUCCCGGCCAACACCUUCGUUCACUCCGGGCUCCUCGGAGUAACAGCACCGCAUCCACCCAUUCUAGUCUCUUUGCCCUUCCAAGCACUAGACUUCCAUCAGGACUCCUGGAACAUCUCGCUAUUCAUCCUGAUGAGCUCAUCUUAGAUCGUGACCCAUCAGAUCCCGAUGGUCUCGAAGAAGAAUCGAUAGAGGAAAGGGUCUUUGGUAUCAGAAUUCCCUCACACGCCAAUGCAGAUGAAUACUUCGCCAGCGUCCCCCGUGUUUUUGGGGGGCAUUCUCAGGGUCAAUCACAAGGUUUGAGCCCUUCAGACAUCCUCAGCAUGAUCGCACGUGAGAUUAGGGUUCAAGACGGCGAUAUCCAACCCCUCGCUAAUGCCAUGGAGGGUAUUUUGCGAGCAGCAGAAGCUGAGGCUCGUCAUCACCGUCCUCCUCCUGCUACCCUCUCUGCAGUUCCUGCUCCUGCUACUAUCUCUGCGGCGUAUAGACGGGGUGCAAGUGGAAGACCUGUUCGAAUCAAUCCUCCCAAUGUUCUACGUAACUUCCGUCCGACUCGUGCGGUUGUUGAAUCUGGAUCUGGGGUAACUCCUCCGGUUCCGAAUUUAAUGGAUAUUGAGGGAGAUCUGCAUGCUAUGCGUGAAGCUGUUGCAAGAGUUGAAGGGAUAUUUGCUGGAGUGAAUUCUCAACUGAGUGGACCACAGGCGAAUCCGGAAUCAGGGCCUAGUGAGAGCAAUAACACUCAAGGUUCCGUCUAA